AUGGCCAAAGCUCUUCACAUAACCAUCAUCAUUCUAGCCCUCAUAUCCUUCAAUCUCCUCGCAUUUAUCAACUCCGCUAGACUUCUCGACCAGAUCCAACCUCAGCCUCAAUUAGUCCCCACCGGCCAAUUCCCCACCGUGGCUCCAACCGAAGCUGAGGAGGACGUUGACGAAACCGACGAUAACCCACUACCAACAACCACAGCCACAACCACAACAACAUCAGCAGUUUCAGUCCCCGCCGUAUCAGCAGGCGCCACAGCAGGUCAACACGAGCCGUUACUAGAAUUCUUCAUGCACGACGUCCUAGGCGGGUCCCACCCAUCGGCUCGUGUGGUCACCGGAAUAGUAGCUCAAACCGAAGUGAACGGUAUACCAUUCUCAAAGGCAAGCAACAGCAUCUUCCCGGUGGAUAACGGAGUCCCACUAGUCAACUCAAACAACAUCAACAGCGUCAUUAACCCAAACACAGCUCCACUUCUCACCGGACUCGGCGGCGCUCAAACAAGCACCGUCAUCCAAAACACUAACGGCAAUUCCAACGACGCACUCAGCUCCAACAACCUCCCCUUCGUAACCGCCGGGAACCUCCCUCCCGGUGCUGCACUCCAGCAUCUCAUGUUCGGAACCAUAACCGUUGUAGACGAUGAGCUAACCGAAAGCCACGAGCUUGGUUCAGCUGUUAUAGGUAAAGCUCAAGGCUUUUACCUAGCCAGUUCCUUGGACGGCACGAGUCAGACUCUUUCUCUGACUGUAUUGCUACACGGAGAGCAUGACAGUCAUGACACUUUAGACGAUGCCAUUAGCUUCUUUGGUGUUCACCGGACCGCCUCUCAUGCCUCUCAGAUCGCAGUCAUCGGCGGGACAGGGAAGUUUGAGCACGCCAAAGGGUAUGCGAUAGUGGAAACUCUGCAUAACCAGAACAACCAACAUAUCACUGAUGGUCAAGACACCAUCCUCCAUUUCAGUGUAUACCUCACCUACAAAGCUUGA